UGAUCGAGAGACGUCUAGAACGAUUCCGUAUUCUCACGAGUAUAUUUUCGUAAACGAACGCAGCCAACCUAGCUCAUAGGUAGACCCAAAAAGAAGAAAACUGUACUUGAGCCAUCUCUAUACACAGCCAAGUGCGUAAUUUCGCCAUCUUUACUGGGCGCGCAUUGUCGCCUCCUCUCCUACUGCUGCUGCCUCUCCUCGUCUCUCUCCGCAGCACCGCAUCGAACGUGUCGUCUCUCACUUCUCACUACUAUAUCGCCGGUCUCUCUGCAGUCUUUUGUACGCACGAGGUUCCAACGAGGUUAACGCAUUUUCCAGAACCGCUUUUUUCCAAAGACACAUCACAUCGACGCCAUGAACGGAAUCGCAAGGAACGUAAUGAGGCUCGCAGCCCUCAAGAAGCUUGCCUCGCCCGCCAAACUCACCGUGCAAACUAGUCGAGUAUUCCUCAGCACCCUCAGGCCCACGAUCGCCGGCAGCAGCCUCGUGUCCAACACCCACAGGCAUCCCUGUGCCUGUGUGUCUUGCAGAUUCUCCCAUACCAAAGCUGAAAAAGAAUUGGUCGAAUUUUUGGCCGAAGAAAUCGUAGCCGAAAAGAAAGCCUUGAAAUUGAAAACCAUUCCCACUGAACUCGAUGGCUUCAAGGUUUCACUCGAUGGUGCAGAGGUUACCCUCACGAAGCAAGCUGGAGAAGAACUGAUCAAAAUUUCUUUCAAUGUUAACCACACAGUAGACACAGAAGCUGAGCCCGAUGUAGACCCUCGUGACGAUAAACCUGAUAUUGGUGAAAUCAAAAGUAAACCUUCUUUUGAAGUUGAUAUCAAAAGAGGCAAACAAACUCUAUCGUUCACAUGUUCAUACAACAAUGAACCUGGUGCAUCAGGAGCUGAUGAUUCCUACAAUGAUCUCUUUGGAAUCGAUGAAAUCACACUCUAUGAAGGAGAACACACAGAAAAAGUUUACGCAGUUGGAGGCGAAAUUGUUGAUGGGUAUCUGUAUGACUUGUUGAUGAACUACUUGGAAGAAAAAGGUAUUAGCAAUGAAUUUGCAGAAAAAAUCAUUGAAUUGAGUACAAACUAUGAACAUACAGCCUACAUUGGUCUUUUGGAAGGACUCUCAAAAUUUACAGCCAAAUAAGUUAAUUGUAGUUGAAGUUUUUGCUUUAUUAUAAAGAAUGUAAUAUCUACUUUCUUUUAGCUUUGUAAGAAUUGUUAAUAAAUGACGAAACUAGUUACAUUUUUACAAAA